UGGAGACGGUCGAGCCUGCGGAAGGUGGCGGCGGCAUCUGAGAGCGGGGAGAUCCAGGCAGGGCAUGGCGACGACGGUGGCGCUGUGAGGGCAGAGCGGCCGCGGGGCCCGCCAUGAGCCGGCGGCCCUGACAUGGGCGCCAGCGGCUCCAAAGUUCGGGGCCUGUGGCCCUCCGCGUCGGCGGCUGGGGGCAGCGGCCCGGAGGCUCCCGGCGCGGCAGGUGCAGAACAAGCUUUGGUACGGCCGCGAGGCCGAGCCGUGCCCCCCUUCGUGUUCACGCGCCGCGGCUCCAUGUUCUAUGACGAGGAUGGGGAUCUGGCUCACGAGUUCUAUGAAGAGACAAUCGUCACCAAGAAUGGGCAGAAGCGGGCCAAGCUGAGGCGGGUGCAUAAGAACCUGGUUCCUCAGGGCAUCGUGAAGCUGGAUCCCCCCCGCAUCCACGUGGAUUUCCCUGUGAUCCUCUAUGAAAUGUGAGCCUGGGGGGUGGCAGGCACAAGCAUCUCCUGCCCCAGCAAGAAACCCCCAGGCUCAAGGUAUGGCUUCCCUUGAGGAGGCCAGGCUGGGGCCACACCCUGAAUAAACUCCGUUGGGCUGGAAUCUUCAUCUGUGAGCAAGACAGUCCAGCAGUGUUGGUUGGGUGUUGGUUUGUGUAUGGACAAGGGGAGGUGGCUGGAACUGGUGAGGGCUAAUGGCAGAGUCACCAGCCCACCCUCCCUGGCAACCCCUGCAAGGAGCAAGGCAGGGUACACCCUGGUCAGGAAUGCUUGGUUCCUGUGCCCUUGCCUGGUCUGUUUCUUCCAAGUUUGCCUGGGGCCUAGCCCACUAGGGGCUACAGCACUUUACAAUCAGGGUCUGCCUUCUUCCAGCCCCUGGGCUGUGAGGGCUGUACACAAGUGGGAACUUCCUUUCCCUGGCUUCCCUUACCCCCUUGUUGGAGCAUUUCAGCCAUUUGCUACCUCGAUUUCUCCUGUAUUGGACAGAGUGGGGCAGCACCAGUCUGAUGCUUCCCACCCACCUGCUCAUCUGUUCCCACCCCCAGAUGAAUGGACAGUUUGCUGGCUGUUGGUAGGAGUAGGAACUGGUUGUGGGAGGCUUCUCCCUUCACCCAGGGCUGAGCUGACCCCUCCCCACUACAACUAGGUUGUUGCAUUGGCCCCCAGUUGAGAGAAUGCAGGCAGGGAUCUGGAAGGGCUGUGGAUGCCUGUGCCUAUGGGGAGUUGCCCCACCCUACCUACUCAAUCUAAUCCUCAUCUUUGCACCAGCCCCCCCGCCCCAUUUGGAGGGGACCAUCUACCACCCUGUGGUAAGGGACAGCACCCCAGGGCUGAUGCCAGCAGCUCUUGGGGAGCCCACCAGUCCUCCAACCCUCCCCCCACAGUAUCCCCACCCCUUCAGGAUAAGUCAAGGAAAAGUACUGGAGCUCCUGCCCCUUGUGCUCUGUAUGGAAAGAAAGGAGGGAACAACCAUAAAAAAAAGGAAUACUUAACUGUGAAGGUUUGUAAAUAGUCUAGUCCAUGAUAUUGUUGGGGCAGAGUCUGAUUUCUAUAUAGAGAUGAUUUUUUUUUUUUUUUUUUUUUUUUUAAAUUCUCUACUGUACAAGCUGUGUGCUUCUAGAGUGUGGGAAAUGGCUUGGGGAGGGUGGCCCCCAGCCUAGGAAGACUGCUGUGUUAUUUGUUCAAU